AUGGCAACCCACCAUCCAAAGCAGCAACCCGGGUCGAGCGCCCAGCUGGACCCUCGGCAAGAGCCAUCUACACCCUCGUUCAGCGCUGUGAUCGUCAAAUUGGAAGAUGUCAAGAAAGCAGAAGGCAUCGCUAAAGCCUUAUCGAAAUCGUUGUCGGAGACAGUGUGGAACAAGGCAGGCAUACGCCCAGCCGCUAGGGAUGACAAAGACAUGAAAGUGGCGGAAGAAGUCGAGCUGGAGAUCGCCCUGCAGAAUGCAAUAGAGCGAUACGGGACCGACGAGAACGGACGAAAAGCGGAUGGUGUCGUCAUCAAUGCUGUCACUCCUGAAGGCGACGUCCUCGGAGCCCUCAUUGCCGACAAGAUCGACGGUCUACAGCAAUAUGACCCUCAGGCGCAGCUUGACGACAACAAGCUUGACGACGAGAAGCCUCGUCUACCUCCAGCGCCUUCAAACGAGGAAUAUGUAUCCCAUCUCAAAGAGGUCUACAAAUGGGGUCAUACGACUAGCAUCGACAAGUAUCUUCAGAAGAAGCUACAUGCAGUCAAGCAAAUACACGCCGAGAAAGGUUCAGGGAGGGGCUACUGGUGUCAGUUAUGA